GCCAGUGAAACAGCGUUGGGGCUCAGCUUGAGAAUGCCCAAGAGUAAACCCUUCACAGUCUGCAAUGAGUGUGGCCAAUGGGUGUACAACUGGCGGCUGGACAAGCAAGGAGGGCAGUGCAAGUGCGGCGCGUGGCUGGAACGGUUCCAGGGCAAGCCGCCCUGGCGCAGCAACCACUACGGGCAGCAGCACGCUGGAAGCUCAGCGGCGGCGUGGUGGGGGCCAAAGCCAGGAGAAAGCGAUGGCAAGGCGGCGGCGCUGGAUUUCCUCGCAGGGAGGAACAAGCAGCUGGCCAAGGAGAUCGAGGAACUCCAGCGCAAGCAUGCGCCGCCGCCGCCCCAGCCGAGGCCACCUGAUGCAUGGCAGGCGCUCACGAAGGCCAAGGGACAGCAUCAGAAGGCGCAGAAGUGGCUGCUGGAGUGCGAGGACGAGCUCGAGCGCUUGUCCAUCCUCCACGAUGAGGCGCUCCUCCGCCGCGACCAGGCCUUGGAGGACGCCUUCGAUGCGGAUCAAGCCCGCGCGAAGGCCUCGGCGGCCUACUACAAGCAGGUGGGCAAGGGAGAGCUCGUCAAGGCUGAGGGGGAGGAGCCUGCGCAGGCUGAAGUGCAGACGAUCCUGGACUUUUCAGUGGAUGACCGGCUCCUGGACGCCAACCUGGACGACGAGGACGGCCCAGAGAAGGAGGCGGUGUUGGCCUUCCGCACCAAGUUGGCAGACAUCCAGCAGGCGGGGAAAACAUCUUUGCAGAAGAUCGAGGAGGCAGAGGCGGCGCUCGCUCGGCAGCAGGCAGAGGUUCGCCAGAAACACGCGGAGGAGGCGAAGCAGCUGCGCGACCAGGCGGAGCAGCACCAGCAGCUCCUGGUGCAGCAAGUCGAGCAGCUCCCCAGCCUGCGCAAGCAGCUCCGGAAGAAGCGCAGGACGGAGGACGGCCAGGCGGCCUCCGGCGAAGCCGCCAAGGAGCCCGGUGAGCAGCCAGCGGCGGAGCCAGGAGCCACGGCCGCGGAACCAGCGGCUGCCCCAGACGCCGAGGCAGCCCAGAGGAGGAAGCAGGUGCUGCUGGACUACCAGGCGAAGGUCAAGGCUGAGCGCGCCGUCGCUGUCGCCAAGGGGGGCGGCAAGGGCAAGCCAGGCACGGCUGGCGAUCGCCAGCUCUUCUUUGCGAAUAUGGAGAAGUGGGGCCCACAGGCCCACAAGUACGUGAACGAGUAUCAGGAGCGACACCCACGGGAAAGUGCGAUGGGCAUCUGCGAGACCCACCUCUUGCCCGACAAGCAGAAGAAGGUCACGGUCGACCUCGAUCGGGACGGCUGGAAGACCACGGCCACGGCAGCGCGGCCGUCUGGGCUGAGUGAGACGGGGUGCUGCGGCAGAGACGAUCCCUUCCGCGGGUUCGUGGCGACCACCAUCCACGCGAAGGCGGGCAAUGUGGUCUACGUGACGGCGUGCAUGGCGCCCCAGUGGGGGAAGGGGUCCCCGAACCCCCAGAAGUUGGCGAGCCUGGCUGCCUUCCUGAAGGCCGUGGACGACCCGUGGAUCGCGGCGGCGGACUGGAACCUGGACCCAGAGCAGCUGCUGAAGAGCGAGUUCCCGCAGAAGGUUGGCGGGGUGGUGAAGACGCCGCAGGGGGCGAAGGUAACGUGCGCCAAAGGGGAGCAGGGGUCUCUGCUGGACUACCGCUUGGUGCGUAAGGACUUUGCGGACCAGGUGAUGGUAGAGGCGGAGCUGGAGGUGCCUUGGAAGGUGCACUGCGCGCUGCUCAUCACACUCAAGGGCUCCUACCAAGAAUGGUGGGUGAGGGCGCUCGUGGUGCCCAGGGCGCCGCCGCGGACGCAGAGGCCGAGGAAGAGCGCGGACCUCAACAGCAAGACGAGCAAGAUGAAACAGAAGAAGCUGCAGGAGAGGAAGUCGAGACUCCCCCCGAAGGAGCAGGAGGCCUUCGCGAAGCUGCACGAGGAGGAUGAGGUCUGCCAGGAGCCCAAGGCGCCCUUCCAGGUGCCACUGGAGUGCUGGAGGCAGGCGGAAGAGCAGCUGGCGCAGACAGGAUUUCCAGGGCCCGUUGUGGGCACGUACACGGGCCCGGCGCAGCAGCUGGACGACCACGUCGCCUACCAGGGCCGCGAGGAGAAGGAGAAGGACCUCUCGCAUAGGUACGGCAACUGGGUGAGCAAGCUGGAGCUCGCACUGCUGGCCGUCCACGAGGUGGAGGAGCCGGAGAAGGCGCGCUACCUGGGGCGCGGGAGGGGCUUCGACCUGAAGUGGGUGAAAGCGAAGGUCACGCCAGGCAGGGCAAACAUGAAGUGCCACAAGUCUGACGCCAUGUGCUAUGCGCUCACGCUGAUGCAGAGGUACCAGACGCUCGCGCGCGGCAGGCGCGAUGAGGCUCAGCGAGGCCGGGUGAGCUGCAAGCCCAAGAGGAUCGCCGAGGAGACGCUGGACCAGGGCAUGGCAGACUUUUUCGGCAGCGCGCGCUUCAUGGUCUGGCAGAAGAUGAUGGUCAAGGUCGAGACCCUCUCGGCGGCGCACCGACAGAAGCUGCUCGAGUUGACGGGCACGCUGGCGGCGGCAGGGCAGGAGAUGAAGCAGGUGGCGACCCAGUUCGUGGAGGGCUUCGUCGAGGAGCGAGGCCUGAUCAUCUCGAACAAGACCAAGCUGCUGGUGUCGGACACGCAACUGGGCCGAGAGCUACAGGCGGAACUGGAGUCGCCUGCUCUGCCGCUGCAGUUGGCGCUGGACGCCACUGCCACCUACGGCCACCAGCUCCAGGGCCUGGCGCCGUCGAGCGUCAGGAAGCUGAGGCAGCAGGCGGGCGCGGCAGUUGGAGGCAAAGCUGGCGGACGUUGCCUCACCACGGUCCUGGCGGCGGGGCUUGAGGAGGACCCAGCCAUCAAGCUGCGCAUCCAGUUGGUAGACUCGUGGCUGGAGCUCUGGGAGACGGCGCCUGAGGUCCAUGCGAGGAUCCAUAGAGUCUGGCCUGCCAUCCGCGGCGCGCUCCUGAGCGCCGGCGCAGCCCGGCGCUGGCGGCGCGUGCGUGGCCCUGUCGGCGCACUCGUGGCAACGCUCAUGGACGUGGGCUGGGAUCCGCGCACUGCUGGCACGUGGAGCAGGCCAGAGGUGGACGGCACGAUCACGGAGUGGCACCUGGUGGAGUCGAGCUCGGAGGCCUUUGGGGGCUUCAUCGAUCGGCAGCCCAUCCUGCACGACCUCCGCGAGGACAUCAUGCGCCAGCUGUGGAAGCAGGCGGCGGCCCACGAGGACGGCGGCAACUUGGGGGGCGGCGCGGACAUGCUGCAUGCGAGGCGCGAGCUCGACCGAUAUGCUCGAAGAGGCAUGUGGGCGGAGUGGAGUCGCACGAUGGCAGUGAUAAUCGGCGGGCAGUGGAGCCGCGCCAGGAAGCGAGAGCGCGGCUAUGCUGUCAGCGCCACCUGCCCGAGAUGCGGGCUGGAGCCAGAGACGCUGACCCACAGGAUCUGGAAGUGCACGGAGAACAUCAGCGAGGGCAGUGAGUUCGCCAAGUCGGAGCACCUGGUGGCGAGGGCGCUGGCCAGUGUAGAGAGUGAGCCCUCGGUCUGGCUGCGAGGCCUAGUGCCGAACCACCUCACCACCCCCAGGUUCGAUGAAGAGCGAUUGGCUCAGGAAACCUUGUUCUUUGGGGUAGGUGAGCUGGGUGACUAUCGGAGGGACGGGGUUUUGACGCUGUUUGGGGACGGGUCGGGAGGGAAGCGCUCGGACGAUCAGCGUCGCCGUAGGUGUGGAGCUGCUGUCGCUGCCCUGGCCUGGCGUGAAGAUAGCUGGUGCCUGGGGGCGACGAUAGCCGCGCCGCUCCCUGGCUGCCGACAGUCUGUGCCCCGAUCGGAGACGCUGGCCCUGGCGAUGGCCCUUGAGCAGACAACGGGAUCGGUGCACUUCGUGACGGACCAUCAGGGCCUUUUAAAAGCCUGGCCCCGGAGAAGGCGCAAGGUCACCAGGGGGCCCAACGAGGAUCUCUGGGCGAGAAUUCGCGCGGCGGCCGAAGGCCGCGAGGUCUCUCUGGAAUGGGUCCCCUCUCACGCUGAAGAGGAGGACGCGGGCCGUCUGGUCACAGAUAGGGACCUCUUCCUUGCUGUGGGCAAUGCCACGGCCGACCAUGGGGCGGGGGAGGCGGCGGAUCGGGCUUGGGAGGGGUUCGUCAUGCAUGCUGCUCCCCACGCUGACAGUUGGGAUGCUGUUGCCGCUCUUGUCAGACGUCGAGCGUCCAAGGCCUUACAACUUGCCCAGGACUGCGACACGACCCGGGCCGAGCGCGAAGAUAUCGCGCUUCGCGGGGCCCGCGAGAGCGGCGUGAAGAUAGCUCUCCGCGAAACGGGCCACCAGAUGGCCCAGGACGGCGCUAAAUGGAGAUGCGAGGUGUGCAACCAGCGAGUGCAUGCCUCGAGCUUGCUGGAGUUCUGCAGCACU